AUAACGCGAACACUGUAUCAUUUGAGUGCGCAUACAUCGUAAAAUAUUCGGCGAUAACAUAAGUUUUUCAAAGCGGGUUAUUAAGAGUGUGUGCCUAUACGUCUUAAAUGUAUCGAUUGAGUGGGGUUAUUUGCCUCAGGUUUUGAAAACGUGAAGGAUAAAAUUAAAGGUGUUUCGCCCAUAAAUUGUUUAACCUCUCGGAUUUGAUAAUAAUGACUUCCAUGAGAGAAGAAUCUAAGGGUGGAAGAUUCAACAAGAAGAGGAAACAGCAAAGAAUAAAACGAUACAGAUCCGACGGCUUUGUGGUGGGGAGGGAAUUUUCAGACGAUGAACUGGAUGCACCGGAAGGGUCCUCGGAUGCCAUCCAUUUUCUGGACUGGCUCCGGAACCCUUCCCUCCAGAAUUUGGUCAAACUCAGAAAGAGUAUCAAACACAAUGAUAGUGACUGGAUGACGGAAUUCCUGGAGUUUGACGGUCUGGGAUUGUUGUUUCAAUGUCUGAAGAAUCUCAGCUCCAGAGAGACCGUGCAUUUGUCUGAGAUGGUUCUGAGAUUAGAGUGUAUUAUGUGUAUCAGGGAAGUGGCCAACUCACAAACUGGACUGGACUGUCUACUGAAGACCAAAGGUCGCAAGGACAAUAUCUUCGGGAGGAGGUUUGCCACAGCUUUGGAGAACAAAAACCUGAUGGUGAAGAUGCAGAUUUUUGAAUUGUUGUCAGCCCUUUGUGUCUACUCUAAAGAGGGCUUUUAUCUGACCCUAGACGCACUGGAAACUUAUCGCACAUGGCGGAAGCUUCCAUACCGUUUUAGUAUAUUGGUCAAUGAGCUUCGAACAGCAAACUUGGUGACGUACCGCACAACUAUCAUGGCGCUUAUCAAUGCCAUAGUGGUUGCCAAUGAAAACCUCCAAGAAAGAGUCCGAAUACGGAAUGAUUUUGUAUAUAUCAAUAUUUUGGACACUAUUGUGGUAUUACGUGAAGAGAAUGAUGUAGACUUGAAUCUCCAGUGUGACAUUUUUGAGGAGGAGUUAAGUGCCGACUUGGAGGCAAUGGAAGAGUUAAAACAAGCGGCUAAUGUCGACAUUGGUGAUCCACAAGCUCUGUUCAAAGCAAUAAAUUCACGUGUAGAAAACUCACCGUUGUGUUCAUCAUUCCUCAGUGUUUUAUACAAUUUAUUUCAAAUAGACACUAGUCAACCUCGUAGUGAACAGAUCUGGUGUUCCAUAGAAAAACUCGUACAGCAAGUUCUUCAAGCAGACGACAAUAGAGGGACAAAGUCGUCUGUAAGAAGAGGGUCCUCUCUACAUUUAAUGUCUACAAUACACAUAGAGAGCAAGGAACAUAAAGGAACUCAAACAGAAUGGGACACAACAACAGCUCCAAAUCUCUCUGGGGGAGGUCUACUUCGAGGAAAAAGUCUAUCAACAGAAGCCAAACAUACAAUUUCUGACAGGCUGAAGCAAGCAACAGCACAAUACAGGACAGUGCAGACGUCAUCCAUAGACUCAAUAGAAUCUGGUGCAAUUAUCACAGCUCCACCACCGCCUCCACCACCACCUCCAGCCCCCGGGGCGCCUGCCCCUCCUCCGGCCCCACCACCUCCGCCUGGAGUGGGUGCACCGCCACCACCUCCUCCACCACCUGGUGUGGGCGUACCUCCACCACCACCACCUCCCCCUGGUGGUAUCCCACCUCCUCCUGCACCACCUGGUAUUGGAGGAGCACCUCCACCACCACCUCCUCCU